ACAUCAUAAAUACAACAGGAUUUUCUGCAGGUGUCUUUAAAGAAUAAAGCAAGACAAGAGAGUUUAAAACCAGCCACACAGAGAGAAGAAUUACACACAUUUAAGAGAAAUCCCAAAUAUUUUACUGGAUCAUUAAAGGUGAUAGGCAUCUUCUACAAAGAUAAAGGGUCCUCUAGUUAAAAAAUGGCUCCCACUGGUGUGCAUAUUACAAAAGAUGAUGUGGGCUCUUGCACCAACCCUUUGAAGUUCCUGGAUCAGGACUAUCAGGAAUUGCAUCAGAACUGUCUCACCAAAAACACAAAGUACAUUGAUGAGUUCUUCUCUCCAGACAACAGCUCCAUUGGGAAAGGGUUGCUGUCUGAUAAGGAUAUGGCCAAAGUCACGUGGAAGAGGCCAUCCGAAUUGGUAACAGACCCUAAUUUCAUAGUAGAUGGGGCGUCCAAGUUUGAUUAUGCCCAAGGUUCCACAUUAGGGAACUGCUGGUUUUUGGCCUCAAUUGGCGCUCUAACCUCUCAGAUGGACAUUAUGAACAAAGUCGUUCCAGCUGAACAAUCAUUCAGCAAGGUUUAUACUGGAAUUUUUCAUUUUAGAUUCUGGCGGUUUGGGAAAUGGUUUGAUGUUGUUGUUGAUGACAAACUUCCAACAAUUGAUGGAAAACUAAUUUUUGUGCAUUCAAAAACUUCCAAUGAGUUUUGGCCUGCCUUACUGGAGAAAGCGUAUGCAAAAGUGUGCGGCUCCUAUGCUGACCUAGAAUCUGGAUUCAUAUCUGAGGCCUUGAUGGACUUCACGGGUGGGACGCACAUGCACAUUGACCUUAAACAAGCUCCUGCUACAUUGUGGAAUACGAUGGAAUGUGCAUUCAAAUCAAAAACACUCAUGGGCUGCUGCAGUCCUCAAGGGGAAACACCUGAAAACACAGUGUUACGCAAUGGCAUAAUUGAGGGUCAUUCUUAUACUGUGACAGGGGUUUUUCAGGUUACGAGUGAAGGAAACUCUGUUCGGCUGGUGAGAUUGUUAAACCCAUGGGGACAGGGUGAGUGGAAAGGAGCCUGGAGUGACAAAUCACCCAUGUGGAAGACAGUGAGUGCAGAGGACCGCAAAAAGUGCCUUUCUGUGGACGACAAUGGAGAAUUCUGGAUGUCAAUGGAAGAUUUCACCAAAAUCUUUCAAGACAUGGAUAUCUGCUGCCUCUGUCCUGAUUUUAUGGAUGAAUCUUCUGAAUGUCACUGGACCUCCACAUACAUUAUUGGGCAGUGGAAUGCUGGGACUACAGCUGGUGGCAGCAGGAGCUAUACUGAGACUUUCUGGACUAACCCUCGAUUUCGGGUGAGGAUUGAAAAGCUUGAUAAGGACUGUGCAAGAGGGCAGUGCCCUGAAAACAUACUGGUGUCCCUCAUGCAGAACCGUGAGAGCAGACAUAGAAAAAAGCUCCCCAACUUUUUCAUCGGCUUCUAUGUUUAUGAUAUACCACCAGGGGCAAGUACAUUUAGGCUAACUCACAAAUAUUUGACUCAUAAGUCAGAUGGGUUUCUUACACAUAUACUGUACUUUAUUAAUACAUAAAUAACACAUCUCAUUCUCUUGUAGAUGAAAUAUGAGAGUGGGAAGUUCUCAGCCAAGUUCCUCAAGUACAGAAACCCUGUUUCAAAGACUGAGGUUUUCACAGAUUUCAGAGAAGUGAUGAAAUUCUUUAGGCUGGAACCAGGAGAGUACUUGAUUGUGCCAUGCACGUUGAAUCCUGGUGAAACUGGCUCCUUCGUCCUGUCUAUUUUUUCAAAGCAUGAGACACACUUGGUAGCUAUUCCAGAGCUGCCCAAAAAGAAAUGAGCUUUUCCUUGAUGAGAGUGUGGCAAAUUCAUUUUCACUGCAAUGUCACACAAAUGGGAGUCAAAAUGAAGUUUUAACACAGCUAUUUGUCUUUGUUGAAUCUUUUGUUUUUAUUCAUUACAUAUAUUUGUGCUUUUUGUAACAUGUUUAACAUUUAGACAGCAGUUCUUGAACUAACAUAAAGGGUCCUCUAGGUAAGGUGGUUGAUGUACUGUUAUUGUUACCUAAUGUGCUAAUCCUACUAAGUAGCUUGGAUUUAGGGUCACAUAGAGAAUGCCGUAUUAUGAGAUUGCAUAGUUUGUUGGAUGUGAUAAGGUAGUAAUAGAUUCUUCACAAAACAAGCCUUGGAUUGAAAAAAUAGGCUGCUGUAAAAACUUAAAAUUGACAUCAUAUCUGAAAAAGACAAUGUUAUUCAUAAUGUUAUUUAUCCUUUUGUUCAUUUGAACAUUGAUUGACUCCACAAUAAUAUUUACUGGUUGUUGAAGAAUGACUAUAAUGCAAAUAAAACACAAUGGAAUGGUAAAAAGCUCUC